AUUUCAUACCGACCCGUAUUUGAGGAAGUAUCACGGACAUCUCAAUUGAUGGACGAAUAGUUACGUCUUUCCUGUCCUUGGUUUAUUAUAUCGUCAGUUUAUGCUUUUCAGUCUCAAUGGAUGACGAGGAUUAUAUAUCUCAGCCACUGAGAGGUGAUGGGGUCUGUGAUGUAUAUAAGGAGCACAUGCUUCUUCUGGAUGCCAUAGAUAAUCACAACUAUGCCAUUGUGCAUGAUCUUAUCCAUGAUCGUGGAAUGUCACCAAAUUUCAAUCUGGAAGGACAAACUCCAGUUUGUCUAGCAGCACAACAUGGCUUUGUUGAUAUCCUUGAUAUUCUUGUAGAAGGUGGUGUUGACUUGUUAAUGGCAGACAAUGACAUCUGGAAAAGACAUGCUCUGCACAUAGCUGCAUCCAAGGGUCAUGUGGAUUUUACCAAGAGGUUGCUAGAUUAUGGAGCAGAUGUUAACAGUAGAGAUGAUGAUCAGAGAACAUCGCUGCAUUGGGCAGCGACCUACGGAAAUCCUGAUAUGGCAGAUUAUCUUAUCCAGAUGGGAGCGUUGGUCAAUAUCGCCCAGAGUGAUGGCUUUACUCCUCUCCAUGCAGCUACAUGUUUAGGCCAUACUGAAGUGUGCAAAGUAUUGUUGAAACAUGGUGCUGAGAUCAACAGAACUGAUCGGGAUGGCUGGUCUGCUUUUCACACAGCUGUUUGCUAUGGUCAUAAAUCAGUUGUAGAAACUUUGUUGCAAGCAGGUGCUUCACUCACAAAAGUAACUAAGGACGAAGAAAAUGUUUUGCACAUUGCGGCUAGUAGUGGGAAGAUCGAGAUUUUGAAACUUCUUGUUAGUUUAGGAGUAGAGCUGAAUGAAUUAACAAUAAGUGGCAAUACAGCCUUCUACCUUUCAGUGUACUAUGGAGAGUUUGAAACGGCUAAGUAUCUCAUCAAAAUAGGUGCAGAUAUGUAUUUACCAAAUGAACCCAACAAAACACCUUUUAAUAUUGCAGCGAUUAAGAACAAUAUUAAAUUCUUGUUUCUCAUGAUGGAAGCUGGGUACAACGUGAGUGUCGAAGAUUGGGUUCGUAAAAAGUAUUUCCCACCGGUGCUUAACAAACUGCCUGAACUCUGCAAUCUGAUGUUUUGCAAAGCCACACAACCUAGGUCCCUAAAGGAACAGUGUCGAAUCUGUAUCAGAGGGCCUUUGAAGUUUGAUGAGAACUUUGAAAACAGACUACAUGAGCUUCCUUUGCCAGCAAGCUUGAAACAGUAUGUUUCAUAUGAAGGGCUGGAUAGAAUUAAAGAAUCCCUUCUGACGCAGUCCAUUUUAUCUCAUGCUGAACAAAAUGCAUAAGAAUAGGCAAGAGCCAUAAUAUAUUCAAAUUUCGAAAAAUAAGUGGGGCGGAUUGGUAGAAUAAUAAUGUUAUAAUCUGGCACCUUUUUGUAAUUUUGGCUCUGUUUUUCUCAUUUUCAACAACUUCUCGUAGAGACAAUUGAAAAGAGUAUGGGAUUUAUGACAGAGAUGGGGACCUCAUUUUCUUUUCAUAAGCCUGCAAAUUUUGUGCAAAUUUUUUGGUUUGCUCAUGUUUAAUAUGUAUCAUGGAAAACAUGUGUUACUAAUUGGUUUUAUUUUUUAACAACAAUGUUAACAUAGCGUAACUUUGUGUAAUUUUAGACGCAAAUGGAUGUGUUGCAAAAUUGAAAAAUACCCCCUGCAUAGCACUUGAAUAGUACUGACUGUUUCAAAAUUGUCGAAAAUGUAUAUAUUUAUGUUUUUGUUUUUGAAAACUAAUCAAACAGUGUAUAGUUUAAUUGCUGUGAUUAAAAAAAAUAUUCUUAAAUCAUGAUGCGAGACAAUUUUGUUAAAACCCCUGUAACACCUAGCUGCGUUGCCACUGCAUGUGAUUGCACGACAUUAAAUGUCCCAGAGCGCCUUGAGAUCACAGGAAAAAUAUUUUUCAUGAUGAUGACGAUGUCACAGCAAUUUAGGCGUUUCUAUGGAGCUCCAUGGCGUUCUACUGCAUUCAUACAGUUCUUGUUGGCAAUUGUCUGCGCUCUCAUGGUGCUGUCACGGGCUUCCACUGCAUGCAUCAAGUUGUCACGGCGCGCACACUGCAUGUGCCUUGCGCUUUUAUGGAACUGGCUUAUUUUUUGCACAACCUAUCAAAUAAAUAUCUCUAGUUCUCAAUUCUUCAAUUUGCUCUCAAAAAGUUGAGAUCAUGCUUGCCAAAAAAGGAGGAAGGCAGGGAAAGAUAAAUGCCCGCUGCAAACAGAAGCAAAUCACCACCAUUACCUCAUUAACCAGGCGAUUUUUUUGCAUUUGCCGUUGUGUUAAUUGGCAUAUAUCAUUCUUUAUACAGUAAAAACCCUUAUAUGUGACCACUCCGAUUUUACGACCAUCCCGCGCAUAAGCCCCAUUUUUUAAACCCGAUCUUUUUCCUCUAUAAUUCAAUGGUCAUAAACCCCGAAAAAAACGGGCACCCCGUUAUUCAGUAAGGCAACCACUUAAUCCAGUCCCUUUUAAUUUAUCACAUAUUAAAUUGAUCCGUUAAUGAGACUGCAUGCAAUUUAUUGAUAGGAAAACAGACUGAGCGUUUAUAUAAUUGUCAUAGCCUUGGCACAAUACAUGUUUGUGUCUUUACACCUCGAUUGACACGCAAUACAAAGAAGUUUUUGACACAUGUCCCGGCUUAAGGAUAAUCACCGACCACAUUGCGACAACAAGUAGCUGCUUUAUGAUAUCAUAUGUCAAGAUUAGAGUGAAAAACACGGAAUUGUUUGAUAAUUCAUUGAUUUAAAGAUACACUCUUACUCCCAAACAAGAUUGAUCACAAUUAAUACGAGUGCUUUGAAAUACCAAAAAGGAUGAAUAAAUGUAGAAAAAGUUUUUUAUGAAGGAUAUUGAGUUUAAUUUGAAAGAAAGGAGCAGAAAACGUGGUAUUUAUACCUUAUGAGACGACAGUAGUUGGCAGUAAAUCUUUUAGCACUCACCAAUCAUUUAAUAUGUUUGCGUUUUCAUCUAUUAAAUACACGAUUGCAAUCUUGUUAUCAGUAAUUAAAUAUUUUCCAUACAUGCAUUAUUUAGGAGGUAGUUAAGUGUAUAUCACUCAAAAGUGUGUUUGUUAUACAUGUGUAUGUAUUGAUUUUGAAUAACAGUGUCACUUUAAUGCUUUUAAUUGGAUUUUCAGGGGGACUUACUGUGAAAAUAUAAUCACAGGACAUUGAACUGUGUUGUUUUAAUACAUGCUAUUCAAGCAAUUUAUGAUGCAAAUUAAUAAAUUGUAUAACUUUCCUCUUUUUAUUUUUUUUCAUAUUUUACAUCUUUGUACAUAGUAGAAAUCUAGUGAAUUCCACCACUUGACCAUUUAAAACCGUAUUAGCACAAACUUGGUAAUGAGACCAGCCUGCUAUUAAGUCGAUUAAGUCCCAUAGGUGGUCUGAUUAGAGGGUUUUUACUGUACUCUUUUGUUUGGUUUGUUCAUUGUCAUGCCGAUUGAGGCAGUAGAAGUGCAUAAGAGGCACAAUGAUCACUGUGGCGGCUCAUUACAAUCCUUGUAAGAGCACAGUUAGAAAAAUAAAACUCUGGUGUCGCAGUGUCAUCUCGGAGAACGAUGUAAGAUCGCUGAGUAAGUGCCACCGAUAACCAUUGUGUUGGCACUGCGAACUCUGUGCGGGCCCGGGGCGAUCCGGUGGCAUUGUAGGAGACUUAACUGCGCUGCUACAGCUACCUCUUGGCGACCCCACUGUGCACUUAUCAGAACGCUUAGCAACGGUGGUUGUUUUGGGCAUGCUCAAAGUGCACGCUUUCGCUCGGUAUUCUUUGUGAUUUCAACGCGUUCACUGGCAAUGCCAUUGCCAUGCUUGCAAUUCCACUGUGCGCAGAUUGGCAUUCUGGAUUUUCUUGGAUGCCGUGGGAAUGCAGCCUUAGUGUGACAGGGACUUUAGCUUAAUUUUCCUGUGGAUACAUUAUUGAUAUUUUUAUGCUUUGUGUGAUUUUGCAUUUGUAAAAUUACUUUGUCAUCACUAGGUAUGUCUGGUAAGUGUAAUGCAACAAUGUCUUAUGACAUCCUCACGUGAAGUCUAAAGAUAGAUAUCUGGUUUUCCAUUAUCAAAUGUCUAUAAAUGAUACUGAUCCUUAUGCGCAUGAGUAAAUUGAAUGAUAUGUUCAGUAUUUAAAUAAAAUUACUUGGAAUCCCCAUCAUUCGGUUUAUUAAAUGAAGUAUUAAGAAUCAAUUUUCACUCCUUUUAUAGUAUACUAGAUUAAUAUACUUCAUGUACGUUUUAAACCAAAUAUUUGGUUUAAUAAAAUAAUAGCUGCAUCUUGAUCUCGGGUCCUAGCAAAAAAUAACGCAUGAACAAACAAUUUGAGCCUCUACUAACGCCUAGUUCAACAUGCUGUUUCCUCCGGUUGCAAUUUUAUGCUAUUAUCCUGAAUGAGAUGCAGUAAUUAUAUAAUGUAUCAGCUAAUAAGUGUCAUGUAAAUUGUAAUGUUGUUUGUUAGUAGAUAUAUAUAAAUAUAUGUGUCACCCAUGUGAUAAAUGUAAAACCUUAUUGAUAAGACCUGUUCAUUUUUUAAGUUUGUCUGUUUCAAUAGAAGACGCAGACACAGCCUUAGUGUUGUUUGGUACUGUGCAAAAUAACUGAUAUAAAAAGUUGUGAUAUGAAGCAGAAGUACGGUUAAGUGUUGCGAUAUCAGGGUUUGCAUAAACUUGAAGAGUAACUGAAUCUUGGGCUGCUGAAUGAAUAGUCCUAAAAUUUGCAAAAACUCAUGGAAUGUUUAUUUGCCUUGAAAAGUGCUUGCGUUUUUGGAACCAGUCCUUUAAUUUCCUUUUUCUGUUUGCGAUGAAACGUCUGUAGCAAAAAGUUCAUCUUUACCAAGUAAGCUUCCAUCUUAGUGGAUGCUCUGCUUGUAACUCUUUGCCAUUCGAAUCUUUGGUGUGGGUGUGACGGUACAAAUAUGGUACAGAUUUGAAACUCCAGUGGUACAUAUCUACAUUGACACUGGUUCAAUCUUUUUCUGUUUCUGGUUUCGUUUUAGCUGUAAUGUCUGCCAUUUUCAACAAAAAAAAGGCUUUUUGCUAAUACCAUGUAGACUGGUAUGAACACGAAAAUUUACUCAAAGCAAUGUGUUUAACAUUGCAGUAAAGUUAUUGACGUCAGUUCAAUGGGCCAGUCUGCCCUAAAAUUCUACACUUAGUCAGGGAAAAACAUGAGAGAAAUCUGCCUACCAGUACCACCAGUUAUACCCUAGAAAUGUUCACCAUUCCAUUCCAUUCAAACUGUUAUAGGAGGGCAAAAGAGAACAGAGCUAUGCUUAAUUAUCUCUCAGAGAAAUUAGACAAUGCAUUGAAAACCUGAAAGGACAAUUACAUUUUUGAUGGGUUACUAUGUCACAAAUAUGUGUUUAUUUCAUAGUGUGCUAUUAAUUAUUCUUUGAAAAAAUGUGUUUCUCUCAUAGUUUGUAAUUUAAGACAGUCCUUGAAAUUCGAAUAAAGGUCCUUGAAAUCUCCUUGAAUUUUGUUGCAGCCUAGCUGUAUCACAGAACCCUUGAUAUGAAACAGAAGUGAUAUGUUUAUGACUUCUGUUUUAAAUGUUUCGGAGUGCAUCAUGAGAUAUUAGAUGUUCAUGUAUUCAACAUACAAAUGUAAUUGAAAAUGCAUAGCUCAAAAUUCAAAAUCAAAAGUACAUGACAUUGUGUACAUGAAAUAAAAAAUUCAUAGGGAUGGAUCUCAAACUAGUCAUUAACCCUUUACCUCAUGUAAACCAAGCCAUAUUAGGCCAGCCAGUGCAUGGCUUAUCAGUACAUUGAUAACCAGAAGCCAAUAGAUAAGGUGUCCCUAUCAGUACCCCUACUGCAUAUGGAUUUAUUGGAAAUUAUUGGAAAAUUGACCCUCAUGCAUUUCAAACAAACUUUUCUAGUGUUUCUUUUCAUUUGAUCUUUUAGUGGUCAAUGUAAUGUUUGUAGAGAAUUAAAUUUCCAAUCUAUUGAUACAACUUAUUUUCUCAUGUCUAAAUUAUUUGUUCAUUAUAUUUACCAUCAAACAUAAAUGCUUG